AUCAUCAUGAAGCAGAUGGUGGAUGCAGCACUCGAUAUGCAUGAAAAUGGAGUGUUUCACAGGGACAUCAAGUUGCUAAAUGUCCUUGUUGAAACUGGAUCCGCUGUCCCCCGUGUCCGAGUGAUCGAUUUUGGCUGCGGUUGUCUUGUGACAGAUGGAUAUUAUCGUCGCUAUUCUGGUACCUUCACGAAAGCUCCUCCAGAGUGGUUUCUGGAAAAACAAUACCAGGCGGAACCCACAACGGUGUGGCAGCUGGGAGCACUGCUGUAUGACCUGCUCGACCAUCAGGACACUUUCAAAACAUCAGUUUAUCUUCGGAGCGGGAUUGACAUCUGUCCUAAUCUGACGACAAACUGCAAAGACUUCCUGAAGAAGUGUCUUACCGAAGACCCCAACUGGCGAGCCACCUUGCUUCAGCUAAAAUACCAUCCCUGGCUUUGUGACGGGCGACCAC